CGCCGCGUCGCUUUUCUCGCGCCGGGGGGUUAGGUAAAAUCUAGGAAGUCUCGCUUUUUCCGGUUUUCUGUCCUGGUUCUUGUUGCUGCGUAUUCGCACCCCGAAGCAGGAAUGUCGGGUUUCAGCCCAGAGCUCAUCGACUACCUGGAAGGGAAGAUCUCCUUUGAGGAGUUCGAAAGGCGGAGAGAAGAGAGAAAAACCCGCGAGAAGAAAAGUGUUCAGGAAAAAGGAAAGUUAUCAGUUGAAGAAAAUCCACAUGACUCUGAAGUUCCAUCAUCAUCAGGAAUUGACUCCAGCAAAUCGCAGGACAAUGAGGUCAAUGAAGGAGAAACAUCAGAUGGAGUCAGUAAAUCAGUUCACAAGGUCUUUGCUUCCAUGCUUGGGGAGAAUGAAGAUGAUGAGGAGGAAGAGGAAGAAGAAGAAGAAGAGGAAGAAGAAACACCUGAGCAACCCACUGCAGGAGAUGUGUUUGUAUUGGAGAUGGUUCUCAAUCGUGAAACCAAGAAGAUGAUGAAAGAGAAAAGACCUCGAAGUAAACUUCCCAGAGCUCUGAGGGGUCUCAUGGGUGAAGCCAACAUUCGCUUUGCUCGAGGAGAACGAGAGGAGGCGAUAUUGAUGUGCAUGGAAAUCAUAAGACAAGCUCCUCUGGCUUAUGAGCCAUUCUCUACUCUGGCCAUGAUAUAUGAGGACCAAGGUGACAUGGAGAAGUCUCUGCAGUUUGAGUUGAUUGCUGCACAUUUAAAUCCCAGUGACACUGAAGAAUGGGUUAGAUUGGCAGAAAUGUCUCUGGAACAAGAUAAUAUUAAGCAGGCUAUUUUUUGCUACACAAAAGCUCUUAAAUAUGAACCUACUAAUGUCCGUUACCUGUGGGAGCGAUCAAGCCUUUAUGAACAAAUGGGGGAUCAUAAAAUGGCGAUGGAUGGUUAUAGGCGUAUUUUAAACCUUUUAUCUCCAUCUGAUGGAGAACGUUUUAUGCAGUUGACUAGAGAUAUGGCAAAGAGUUACUAUGAAGCCAAUGAUGUUACUUCAGCUAUUAACAUAAUUGAAGAAGCUUUUUCAAAACAUCAGGGUCUUGUUUCCAUGGAAGAUGUUAAUGUAGCAGCUGAACUAUAUAUUUCUAACAAACAGUAUGACAGAGCUUUGGAGGUAAUAACAGAUUUUUCUGGAAUUGUGCUGGAAAAAAAAACUACAGAAGAAGGCACUUCAGAAGAGAAUAAAGCUGGUGAAAAUGUUACCUGCACUAUACCUGAUGGUGUGCCAAUAGAUAUCACAGUGAAGUUGAUGGUCUGCCUUGUACAUCUCAACAUUCUUGAACCACUUAAUCCUCUCUUGACAACACUAGUGGAACAGAAUCCUGAAGAUAUGGGAGACCUCUAUCUAGAUGUUGCUGAAGCUUUUCUGGAUGUUGGUGAAUAUAAUUCUGCACUUCCCCUCCUUAGUGCACUAGUCUGCUCUGAAAGAUACAACCUCGCAGUAGUUUGGCUUCGGCAUGCAGAAUGUUUAAAGGCCUUAGGCUAUAUGGAACGCGCUGCGGAAAGCUAUGGCAAAGUGGUUGAUCUGGCCCCCCUUCAUUUGGAUGCAAGAAUUUCACUUUCCACCCUUCAGCAGCAGCUGGGCCGUCCUGAGAAAGCUCUGGAAGCUCUGGAACCAAUGUAUGACCCAGAUACUUUAGCACAGGAUGCAAAUGCUGCACAGCAGGAACUGAAGUUAUUGCUUCAUCGUUCUACUCUAUUGUUUUCCCAAGGCAAAACGUAUGGUUAUGUGGAUACCUUACUUACCAUGUUAGCCAUGCUUUUAAAGGUAGCAAUGAAUAGAGCUCAAGUUUGUUUGAUAUCUAGCUCCAAAUCUGGAGAGAGGCAUCUCUACCUUAUAAAAGUGUCAAGAGACAAAAUAUCAGACAACAGUGACCAAGAGACCGCAAAUUGUGAUGCAAAAGCAAUAUUUGCUGUACUCACAAGUGUCUUGACAAAAGAUGACUGGUGGAACCUUCUGUUGAAGGCCAUAUACUCCUUAUGCGACCUAUCCCGAUUUCAAGAGGCUGAGUUACUUGUGGAUUCUUCACUGGAAUAUUAUUCAUUUUAUGAUGACAGGCAAAAACGCAAAGAAUUAGAAUACUUUGGUCUGUCUGCUGCAAUACUGGACAAAAAUUUCAGAAAGGCAUACAACUAUAUCAGGGUGAUGGUAAUGGAAAAUGUCAAUAAACCUCAGCUCUGGAACAUUUUCAAUCAGGUUACCAUGCACUCCCAAGAGGUACGACAUCAUCGCUUCUGUCUUCGCCUAAUGCUGAAAAACCCAGAUAAUCAUGCCCUGUGUGUCUUAAAUGGACACAAUGCAUUUGUAUCUGGUAGUUUUAAGCACGCACUUGGACAAUAUGUGCAAGCCUUUCGCACCCAUCCCCAUGAACCUCUCUAUAGCCUCUGUAUAGGCCUAACGUUUAUUCACAUGGCCUCUCAGAAGUAUGUAUUAAGGAGACAUGCUCUUACUGUGCAGGGCUUUUCCUUUCUUAAUCGAUACCUCAGCAUACGUGGGCCUUGCCAGGAAUCAUUCUACAAUUUGGGCCGUGGCCUUCACCAGCUGGGGCUGAUUCAUCUUGCAAUCCACUAUUAUCAGAAGGCCUUGGAUCUCCCUCCACUUGUGGUAGAGGGUAUAGAAGUUGACCAGUUAGACUUACGAAGAGAUAUUGCCUACAACUUGUCUCUAAUUUAUCAGAGCAGUGGGAAUAUUGGAAUGGCUCAAAAGCUUUUGUAUACCUAUUGCUGUAUAUAAAGUACCUCAGCUGAGAAAGAAGCAUUGGUGCUGUGUGUGGACCAAUAUUUUCUGUCUAAGGGCUAAGUAUUAACUAAGUAUUAACCUGAAAUAGAAAUGACAGUUUGAGAAUUAUCAUUGUAUUUAAUUUUUAAUAUGUGAUAAUGAUCUUUUGAUAGAUAUGCAAAAGUAUCAUUCCAAGAGUUUGUACAUUGUUCUAUCAUUUUCUUUUAGCAUUAUUUUUAGUAAAAUUGUCCCCAAAGGUGAAAUGGAGAAUGUUAGCCUUUAAGCCAGCUUUGAGCUAAAUGUGCUCAUUUUUUACUCAUACCAUUUAUUCAUCUGUGCAUUCAUUACUAUGUAUUAAACACCUAUGUACCUUGGAAAUAUAGUAAGACAGAUGUGACCUCUCAAUACAGUUCUCUAAAUACAGAACUUGAGCAAUAUAUUCAUUUGAAAGAAAUGUUUGCUACAUUUCUACCUACAUUAUCAUUGACCUUUCCAUUUCUUAGUGCCCUGUUACUAUUGCAUGGGCAGUUUAUCAGGUACAUAGAAAAGGAUGUUAUUGAAGGAAAGACAAGUUGGGACUCUUUCUCAUAUCAGCACAAUUAUGUAAUUGACUUAGCUCCUAAGAAAAUUAUUUGAAAUGGUUAUAUAGUAGGAAGACACAUAAUUGAGUUAAUCUUUUACUUUUCACCUCCAUGUGUCUUAGUUGUAUAGAUUGCUGGGCAUAAUUCAGAACAUCCUGUUCCAAGACAAAUUAAAGAAUGCAUUACAUGUGUUGGUGGCUUUCUGACAAAAAAAAAAAUGUAGAAUAGAGAGGACCACAUUUAAUAAUAUGACCUAAUUUGCAUUUCAAGAUCACUAGGAAUGUAGGAAGAUUAGAGAAUUCUAUGUAUGGAGUAAAGUAUUGCUGUGAUAAAGUUAAAAAAAUAGAUGAAAAUUUUUUACUUAAAUACGUUAUGUUCUUGAAUCUAAGAUAACAAUAGUUUUAAGAUAUACUUUUGGUUUACUAACAGUUUUUGAGAGUUUCUUUUUAGGGGAAAAAAUGCUGUAAUAAGUGUGUGUUUGGAUUAUAUGACGUAUUCUAAUUGUGAGAGGGAAACACGUAUGAGACUUAGGAUCAAAGAAAUAGUAUGAGGGCUUUUUAGGAAUUCUUACCACUACAAAGUAGUUGAAAAGCAAAAUUUGUAUAUAAUAAGUAAAUGUAUCAUGUAUUCUGUGUGUGUGUGUAUUUAAAUGUGUAUAUAAUUUAAAUAAAUUGUAUUUUUAUAAUUGUUUUACAUGCUUAUAUAUUUUAUUUCAUGCCAUUUGCAGGUAAUGAUGAAGUUAACUGAUAGAGUAUAAGUUAGAUUUGCAUCUUGGAAUCUUAGGGAAUUGAGUAUUCUGUGUUCUGAGUUUUUCUCUUGAAUUAAACUCAACUGGCUGUGACUCCAGUUGAUCUCCUGAACAGCCUUGGAGGAAAUAAUAAAUCUCUCUAGCAGUCUUCUAAAAAAAAGUUGAUAUUGCAUGAAUUUGUUUAGCAUUUAAAAUCAUAGCUACCAUUGCUGAGUGUUUACUACGCUACUCUGUGCCAAGUACAGUGCUGGAUACUCUAGAUACAUGAUCUCUGGUCCUCUCAGAGAAUCACCUGCAAGGUAGGUGUUAUGGUUGGUCUUACUAUUAUCAUCUCCAUCUUAUAGAUGAGAAAUUAAGUAGCAUGUUGAAGAUCACUAGCAAGCUCCUUGCUCAGAGACAUUCCUUCAUGGGAACACAAUUCCAGUUCAGAGUUACAACAUAAAAAUUGAGCAUAAAUUUAUUUUAGAAAAAAAAAGGAGAAUGGCAGUUAUAUUUUCUAUCCUCCAGGACUUCAGCUUAUUAAAAGCCCUGUAGUAAACAUCUUCGGGGGUCUUUUUAAAAGCUGAUACUCACUUUCUUAUCUACCAUCCUCACUCCAGCCUUGGAAUUCUGACAGCCACUUUAAUACAAUGAGAUUGUUUUCUACUGGUCACUGUUGAUUCAGCUGGGAGUCUGCUCCUAUACCAAGUUGGGCCAAUCGAGUUUCCUCGCUCCUUCUCUGGGAAUUUUAGAAUUGAGAUGAAGUCUUGCUGUAGGGUUGGAACAUGAAAGCUAUGAGGACAUUUUCUGCUUUCCCUGUGGGCCAACCAGCAGUUAAACCCUUAUGUUGAGAAAGAAAAAUAGAGCCUAUGCAUUAAGAGAAGCAGAGAUGAGAGAUGGAGAGAAUGCUGUGUGUUCCUAGAGAUUUUCCAGUUUUCCAUUCCCAUGCUUUCUGAAAUUGUGUUCCAACCCUUGGGUUCUUUCUAUAAAUAUAUCCAGUUCUAUAAUUCCACUUUAUACUAGCUGGAGUUCUGUUAUUUGCACCAAAAAUAGUCCUGAUAAGCUAUCAUUCCUUCUUUGUUUUCAUUGAGCAUUCAUGUGUUCUAGCUAUUUUCACAAGAAGGAAGGGCAUAUAGCAACCAGAGACAAUGUCCCAGAGUUAUAAGUAGUGUCAUGAAGUCUAAUCCACAAUAAAGAGGCUUUUAAAAACUUUAGGCAAGAACAGUAGGAAUGUGUCUGUGGUCUGGUGGUGUAAAGUCAACAGUAAGACCAUAGAAUUGUUCAAUUUCUGUGCUUGGGGUAGUUAACACUACAAAAGCACAAUACUCAAACAGGAUGAGGUAGAAAAGUAUGGAAAAGAAGCGGUAAAUCCGAGGCUGUGAUAAGAGAGACCUAUAAAUGUUUCACUUCCAAGUCCAUAGUCCCAAAUCCAGUUGCUGUUAGGUUAUGAAACUGAAAAUUAUAAUUUUGAGGCCUUUUAAAGAAGGAAAUGAUAAAUAAACAAUAUUUGAAGUGGGGAAAAGGUGGAUCCUGGGAACCACAUAAGUAUGAUGUUCCUGACAUGAUUCUAGCUGACUCAAGUGCACAUAGAAGUUCUAUUCCUUAGGAGACCUACUCUGUCUCCUUGGAAGGGGACUUGGUAGCCCAGAGGACUACUACAGUUUGAAUGUAUCUGGAUUUCAGCAGAGUUUUUGAGGACGUCUCUUGGGCUAUGCUUGUGGGUUGGAGAAAUGUGACUUAUUGAUCUGCAAUGGACCAAAGACUACCUACUGGAGGAGUCCCAUGAUGGCAGGCAUGGUCAGGCCCUUGUAUUCCAGACUUGCUCAGAAGCUAAGGCAUAGCUUAUAGUUGCUAAUGGUUGAAGGCAGUCAACUAACCACAUCCCUGUUUACAGAGCUACCCAGAAGUUUCAAGACCAAAAAACUGCCCAAAACCCAAAAACAGGCAAAUGACAAAACAAUUUUAGAAGUUGGGGCACGUGACUGGCUCAGUCAGGAGAUCGUGUGACUCUUGAUCUUGGGUUCGUGAGUUCGAGCUCCAUGUUGGGUGUAGGGUUUACUUAAGUAUUAAAAAAAAAAAAAGUUUUUAGAAGCUAAAAAGCAAAGGGGCAAUUAGCAACUAAAUAAACCAGGGAAGAAUGAAAGCUAAGUGCCCACAGGUGGUGGCAGUAUGCAGCCAGAAGCAAGCUGAUUCAAGCUCAGAGAGGCUCAUGCAUAAGAGAUACAUUCGGUAUCUCCAAAGGCAGCUGAGGUGGGACUAAAAACAGAUGAAGCAGUUGAAAGUCUGUUGAAGCAGGCAGGAGGUGCCUGGGUGGCUCAGGCAGUGAAGCGUCUGACUCAGAUUUUGGCUCAGGUCACGAUCUCAAGAUUGGUGAGUUCGAACUCCGGGUUGGGUUCUGUGUUGACAGUGUGGAGCCUGCUUGGGAUUCUCCCUACGUGCCCCUCCUCUGCUCUUUCUCUC